AUGAUACACCGACCUAUGAUGUUUGAUUACAGAGAGUAUAAUGGUAGCUUGCCAACAUUGUCUUCAAAUCCAUAUGCAUACACAAAGGUGGCAAACAGUAUAUUUAUAGAUUUCCCAGUAGGGACUGGAUUCUCCUGCGCAACUACAGUAAAGACAAAUCAUUCGAAUAAUUUACAAGCAGAUGAUCAUGCUUAUCAAUUUCUUCGUAAGUGGUUAUUAGUUGAGCAUCCAGAAUAUCUCAAUUAUCCUUUUUAUGUUGGUGGAGACUCAUACAGUGGAGUUACUGUUCCUAUUGUUACUCAAGUGAUAUCAGAUGGGAUUGAUGCUGGAAUCAAGCCAUAUAUCGAUCUUAAGGGAUACAUACUUGGGAAUCCAGUAACAUUAAUUCCUGAUGAAGAUAACUAUAGGAUCCCUUUUGCUCAUGGGAUGGGACUUAUUUCUGACGAACUAUACCAGUCAUUAGUGGCAAACUGUGGAGGAGAGUACAACCAUAUUGAUCCAAGCAAUGUACUUCGUUCAAGAGAUAUGCGUACUUUCAAUUGGUUGCGCAAAGGAAUAGUAGAAAGUCAUAUUCUAGAGCCCAUAUGUGAUCCUGUCUCUGUAAUAACUCGCCAAUCGUCGUAUGGCUCAAGAAGAUCGUUGGUUGAUAUUAACAAUCCUGCUACACUUCAUGGAGUAAAAUGUCGAGGCGAGUGGUUUAAACUAUCUGAGAUUUGGGCCAACGAUGACGAUGUCAGAGAAGCUCUUCAUUUUCGAAAGGUAAGUGGAGUAUGGGAGCAAUGCAGGAGUAACUUGCCUUUUACAUUAAAUGUCAACAACACUAUAUCAUAUCAUGCAUAUCUUAGCACUAAUUUGAGGUCUCUCAUUUACAGUGGUGACCAUGACAUGAAAACUCCAUUUAUAUCAACUCAAGUAUGGAUCAAAUCGCUAAAUUACUCAAUUGUUGAUGAUUGGAGGCCAUGGAUUGUCAAUGGUCACGUUGCAGGUUACACAAGAAGUUACUCCAACCGAAUGACAUUUGCGACAUUGAAGGGAGCAGGGCACACUGCUCCAAAUUGGGCACCAGAAGAGUGUCUUGCCAUGCUAAAGAGGUGGUUAUCAAAUGAAGCACUCUAGUCAAUUUCAAAAUCUUAAUGAAUUGCGUGUUCACGGGAAGCAAAUCAAGUGGCCGAUGCGUUAGCAAAAAGCGUAUGCUAUUAUUACUAUGCCGGGAAAAAGCUUUUUGUUAUCCGGCUACACCAACCACCUAUGUUGUUAGGUAUUUUGGUUGCAACUCUUUAGAACCUAUUAAGUACGGAAAUAAAAUCUAGACAAAAAUUGUCUUAGCUAAAAUACGAAAAACUUAUCUUGAUAUUAAAUCGAACUUAUACAAGUAAAUAAAACUCCAAAACAAUAUCAUGGAGUUUCAACAUCUACUAGUUAAA